UGUGUGUCUUGUGUGUUCAUGCGUGUUGGAAGCAGGUGGAUCACGGAUGCGUCUGCAAGCUCUUCAUCAAGCUUGUGUUUUGUGAGUCAGGAGUGCAUCAGCAUUCUGGAUAUAAUUCUGCAUCUGUGGAUACGGACACACAUUCGGACGCCGCAUCCGACUGUCAUUAAACAUCCGUUUCAUCUGUUCUGGGAUUUUCCACUGAGGAGACAUUAAGACAGGGGAAUGUGGACGCAGGAGAGAACGUGUCUCCAUCUCCUGCAAGAUUCCCUGUGAACCAGCAGCUUCCAUCCUAAAGAGCAGAGAAGCGUAACCGGUAGGAUGGUAGCAGGGGAAGUGAGUGGGCACAGCUUCCUGGUGGCAUGCUGGCAGCCCAUUCUAAUCUUAAUGCUGGGCACAGUGCUGUCUGGCUCUGCCACGGGCUGCCCAUCGCGUUGCGAGUGCAGUGCUCAGGAGCGUUCGGUCUUGUGUCACCGCAAGAAGCUGAUGUCCAUUCCAGAGGGAAUCCCAUCGGAAACACGACUCUUGGACCUCAGCAAGAAUCGAAUCAAAACCAUCAAUCCAGAUGAGUUCUCCACCUUCCCGCAGCUGGAAGAGCUGGAGCUCAAUGAAAACACCAUCUCGACCAUCGAGCCCGGGGCUUUUAACAAACUCUACAGCCUGCAGACUCUGGGACUGCGCAGCAACAAGCUAAAGCUCAUCCAGCUGGGAGUGUUCACGGGCCUCAGUAACCUAACAAAGCUGGACAUCAGUGAAAAUAAGAUCGUAAUUCUGCUGGACUACAUGUUCCAGGACCUCUACAACCUGCGCUCUCUGGAGGUUGGGGAUAAUGACCUUGUCUUCAUAUCCCACAGGUCUUUUCACGGCCUCAGCAGCCUGGAGCAGCUCACGCUAGAAAAGUGCAACCUGACCUCUGUCCCGACAGAGGCCUUCACGCACCUGCACAGUUUGGUCACGCUACGCUUACGAAACCUCAACAUCAACAGCAUCAGAGACUACAGCUUCAAGCGGCUCUACCGUCUCAAAGUGCUGGAGAUCACCAACUGGCCCUACCUGGAUACCAUGACCACUAACUGCUUGUAUGGAUUGAAUCUUACCUCCCUAACAAUCACUAAUGCAAACUUGACAUCGAUUCCAUAUUUGGCCUUGCGGCACCUGGUUUAUCUUCGUUUCCUCAACAUGUCCUACAAUCCCAUCCAGAUGAUCGAGGGCAACCGGCUCCACGACCUGCUCAGACUGCAGGAGUUCCACCUGGUAGGCGGUCGACUGACGAUGAUUGAACCCUAUUCCUUUAGAGGACUGAACUACCUGAAAGUCCUCAAUGUGUCCAGCAACUCCCUUACCACCCUGGAGGAGUCUGUGUUCCAUUCAGUGGGGAACCUGGAGACCCUCGCGUUGUACGACAACCCACUGGCUUGUGACUGCCGUCUGCUUUGGGUUUUCCGACGCCGCUGGAGGCUCAACUUCAACCGCCAGCAGCCGACUUGCUCCUCACCUGAGUUUGUUCAGGGGAAAGAGUUCAAGGACUUCCCUGACGUGCUGCAGCCCAAUUACUUCACGUGUCGGAAGUCUAGGAUCCGAGACCGGAAACCACAGCAGAAGUUCCUUGAUGAAGGCACCACCGUCCACUUCGUCUGCCAAGCAGAUGGAGACCCGACACCUGUCAUCAUGUGGCUUUCUCCACAAAAACAGUUUAUCACCACGAAAACAAUAGGACGGCUCACUGUUUUCCCGGAUGGCACCUUGGAGGUGCGCUACGCUCAGAUUCAGGACAAUGGGACAUAUGUGUGCAUUGCUAGCAACGCAGGUGGAAACGACACCGCUUUGGCCCACCUACAUGUCCACAGUUACUCGCCAGACUGGCCUAACCAACCCAACAAAACCUUGGCGUUUAUCUCCAACCAACCCAACGACAACGGAGCCAAUGGAACAAGAGCAACAGUCCCGUUCCCUUUUGAUAUAAAGACGCUAAUCAUCGCCACCACCAUGGGCUUCAUCUCCUUUUUGGGUGUGGUUCUGUUCUGCCUUGUUCUGCUCUUUCUUUGGAGCAGAGGCAAAGGCAACAGUAAACACAACAUUGAGAUAGAGUACGUCCCACGCAAAUCGGACGCUGGGGCGAGCAGCAGCGGCAACGAUGCCCCACGGAAAUUUAACAUGAAAAUGAUAUAAUCCAGCCAGGGAGCUCAAAAGACCCUUUCAAAAACAGACUCAGAGACAAAAACAAGAGAUUCCCUGCCUGUACAACCUCUGGCUCUGACGAGCUCCCCAUAGAGGAGGGGUGUUUUUCCCCCUUUCUAAAGUUGGAUGUGCGGUACAGGGGUCGGUGCUUUUCUUCAAUAUUGAACAUGAGAGGGGGAAAAUGUCCUCAUGCGCACUCCUCUGUGAUGGCCGCUUAAACUCAGCCUACAGGGACCAAUAUCUUUGAGAGAGGAUUUUGUUUUAAAACACUUCAGUUCCUGUGGAUUUUUAUGGGCAAAAAACAUGGAAAAAAAGGAAAAACUGAACCUCCAAAAUAUUUUGUGUCGAUCUCCAGAAUGCAAAGGCAGAGCAUCCUUCUGCCCACAUCCGUUUUGUUAGUUUGUUUGUUUAACCCAUUCUUUUCUUGUUUGCUUCUUAAAUGAAUAGUUUUAUGACAGAGUAACAGUAAAUAAAUCAGGGGCGAAAAGCACAUUUAACAAACCUAACAGCUGAAUUUGCCCAAAUUCAUCUUCUACAUUGCAACAGAAUGUGGAAUAUAAUAGAUUGCAUUUCCAUUCCUGCCAUAGAGAAAUAUGUGUAUAGCGCAACUUUCACUGCACAUUUCUUUCUUUGUAUCUGUACUCUGCUGUUUGGUUCUCGUUUUGCUUUCGGAUCCGUAUUUUAAUGCAUUUGUUGGAUAAGCCUAGGGAAUUUUAUGACUCGAGCAUCUGGAUAAACAAGUACAGGUUGUUUAAUGUUGGAUUAAUGGCUAGGAAAAUGAAAGCAGCAGUAAUUAUGUAACUUUUGUUGUGUGUUUUGCUUUAUUUUGAUCGCUAUAGCCUGCAGUGAGCAUUUCUGUAGUGCCUGGUCAGGUUUAAACCCAUUUAAUGUCACUGCAGGAUCACAUUUUUAUAUAACAAACCCAUUCCAAGUUUUAUUCGCCUGAGAAGCUACACCAAGAAUGUACAGCUCUAUCUCAGAGUGUGUAUGUGCGAAAGCGAGCGAGUUCCUAACAGAAUCAAUAAUUUCAUCAAAAGGUGAGAGUGUUAAUAUGCUCGACAGCACUCGAUCACCUUCACCUGUUGCCGUUGCUGGGUCUCACACCUGUCUCAUGCUCUCAGAUCUGUCUCAUGGGUCUUACACCUGUCUUACGGUCUCGUGCCUGUCAAAUGGACUUAGUCUUUGACCUGUCUUAUGGUCUCAAAUCAAUUUUUCUUUACAUUAUAAGAAGCGUUGGUACCCAAAGAAACUGUUUUAAAGUUACCCAGUACAUCUAAGGACUAAAACGGUGCUGGUUUGUUACAAUGACAGAUAUCUAGAUGCAAGAGGGGAAUUCACUAAGAAUGAGCACUCCUGGAUAAUGUUGUUUCACAUCUGUUUCCACAGGCGGUAAAAGCACAACGUUAGGCACUGUUUGUGAAUAAAGAAGUGGGAGUAAAUUGAAAGUAGGCAUGCUUAUGCCGAAAAGAGAGCACAGUUGCACAGUGCUAGAUAGAGACCGGUUAAAAUGGACUGGGUAGUGAGUAUGAAGCAGGUUUUGUGCUGAAAUGCAACAGUUGAAUGAAUUCGCUCCACAGUCCAGCUAUGUUUUAAGUGUGCGUUUAAUCUGGACAAAGUAGGCCAGGUGAUUUCCGUGGAAGAACAAUAAGCUGUGUUUAUGCAUAGGAUUUUGCUCGGGUGUAGAUGGGUUUCGCCUCGCUAAGUGGUUUGUGCAACUGACUGAGGCUGCAGAUGGAGAAGCUGCACAGAUGGUUUAACCCUUACUGAUCCACUUUAGAGUUAAUCUGCCA